UAGUAAUUUAUCUUGAAAACUUGAGAUUUCCAUUCUAAUGUGACUGUUGUUUAGGGUAAUUUUGGGAGUGUGGAGAUGUGCCGGUAUGACCCUCUACAGGACAACACUGGGGAGGUGGUGGCUGUAAAAAAGCUCCAGCAUAGUACUGAAGAGCACCUCAGAGACUUCGAAAGGGAAAUUGAAAUCCUGAAAUCCCUACAGCAUGACAACAUUGUAAAGUACAAGGGAGUGUGCUACAGUGCUGGCCGGCGUAAUCUAAGAUUAAUUAUGGAGUAUUUACCAUAUGGAAGUUUACGAGACUAUCUCCAAAAACACAAAGAACGGAUAGAUCACAAAAAACUUCUGCAGUACACAUAUCAGAUAUGCAAGGGUAUGGAGUAUCUUGGUACAAAAAGGUACAUCCACAGGGACCUGGCAACAAGAAAUAUAUUGGUGGAGAAUGAGAACAGAGUUAAAAUAGGAGAUUUUGGGUUAACCAAAGUUUUGCCACAAGACAAAGAAUACUACAAAGUGAAAGAACCUGGUGAAAGUCCCAUAUUCUGGUAUGCUCCAGAAUCACUGACAGAGAGCAAGUUUUCUGUGGCCUCAGAUGUCUGGAGCUUUGGAGUGGUUCUGUAUGAACUUUUCACAUAUAUUGAGAAGAGUAAAAGUCCACCAGUGGAAUUUAUGCGAAUGAUUGGCAAUGACAAGCAAGGACAGAUGAUUGUGUUCCAUCUGAUAGAACUCCUAAAAAAUAAUGGAAGAUUACCAAGACCAGAUGGAUGCCCAGAUGAGAUUUAUAUGAUCAUGACAGAAUGCUGGAAUAAUAAUGUAACUCAACGCCCCUCCUUCAGGGACCUAGCUCUUCAAGUGGAUCAAAUAAGGGACAACAUGGCUGGAUGAAAAAAAAAUGACCUUCACUCUGAGACCAAAGUAGACUUACAGAACAAAGUUUUGUAUUUCAUAUUGCUGUGGACUAUUACAUAUAUCAUGAUGCUAGCCAGCAAAGAUGUGAAAAUAUCUGCUCAAAACUUUCAUGAGGCCACCGGUAAAAGACAUUGAUGAAAAGUCCUUAGCAAGAAAUUUGGUAAAAAGUUUCAUGAACUUUAUCAGUUGGUUAACAUCACCAUUCUCUGGCAAAAGGAAAAAAAUAGUUUUUUUAGUCAGUUUUUUGAGAGAUGAAAAAAAUUAGAAUGUAAAUUUUUCAAUGUUAAAGAUGCAUAGAAUAUAUAUACAUAUAUAAUUUUUACCACAGUGGAUAUAUAAUACACCGGCAUCUUGUGUGAUGUUUUACACCAGGGCUGGUGUGCAUUAAUAAUGUUUUCUAAUUUUUCCAUAGUUGAUCUACAGUAACUUCGCUAUACAAACAAAUUCAGAUGCUCUGAUAAUUGAAUGAGCACCUUUGUGUCCUUGUUCAUCUGUAUCACUGGCCAGCAAUAUAAGCAGUUGUAUACUUUUAGCUUGUAGCUCCAUGUCCUGUAAAUAUUUUUCAAAGCAAAGGGAACAAAUAUCUAGUUUUAUUUGUAUAGGAAAUUUCCCUGACCCUGAAGAAUACAUUUUGAAAUGGAACAAGCUUACAAAGAUAUAACACAAUCUAUUUUCUUAUUUGUUCCGCUGUAUGUGUUUGUGGUGAAUGUGUUUUUUAAAUAGAACUAUCUCCAACUUUUUCUAAGACUACAAUGAAUAGUUUUCUUUUAAAAUAUGGGGAUUAAGAAUGCCAAGAAUAUUGUUAUCACUUGAGCGGUAGACUGCCAAUAAGAUUCUUCAAUCCCUGGGACCUAUGGUCAUGCAUUAAAUUUAAGCCAUAAAAUAGGUUGUUUUUAAAAUGUAUAAGCUCAUUAAGAUGCAUAGUGGGUUAGGAAUUUUUUUUUCUAAAGACUAUGUUUAAGGAGUUUCAGAAUUCUAUUGCAGUCAUUGAAGAGAUUUCCUUUUAUUAGAGAGUCUUAUGUACAAGGAGGAAAUGAGGUAAAUUGGUGCAAAAGUAUGCUCAUUAAUUUUAUUCUAGAAUGCCAGUAAAAAUUUAUAAUGUAUAUCUUUAAGAAAAAUUAUAGCGUACAUAUUUUCAGUUAAGUAAAAAGGUUGCUUCUUGUUGCCAAUUGUUUCAGUGCUACUCCGUUUUAGACACCAUACCCAAAAUAAAAUAUGGUGGGGUUUU